AUGUCUCCCCAUUCUGUUCAAACACUUCUCGUCACCGGAGCCAAUGGCUACGCAGCGGGACAUAUCAUCAAGCUUGCGUUGGAGAACUCUUACCAUGUCAAGGGAACUGUGCGGAGCAAGUCAAGCGUUGCCAAGCUCGAGGAGACCUUUUCACAAUACGGCCCCAUGUUCUCCGUGUCCAUUGUCGACGAUAUUACGAAGCCCGAGUCAUACGAAGGGGCACUAGACAGCAGCGUAACUGGCGUCAUUCAUACCGCCUCCCCUUUCAUGUUCGAGAUCGCAGACAAGAAACAGGAUAUGCUUGAUCCGGCGAUUAAUGGCGCCAUCGCCAUUCUCGAAGCGGUGAAGCGUUAUGGAAGUUCAGUACGUCGAGUGGUAACAACAUCGUCUUUCGCAGCCAACCUGGACGUCACUCAGGGAUUUCGUCCCGGGUAUAUAUACACUGAGGAGGACUGGUGUCCUUUGACCUAUGAAGCAGGAGCUGCUGCGGACUGGGGUGCAGUAUCGUAUAUCGCCUCGAAGGCACUGUCAGAGAAAGCCAUGUGGGACUGGAUGAAAACAGAGAGCCCUUCAUUUUCUCACGUUGUGAUCAACCCAGCCUGGAUAUUCGGUCCUCAUGUUCCGCCUCUAGCCAGCAUCGACAACCUAAAUCAGUCCACCUCCCAGCUGUGGGCUUUAAUGGACGCGGACAAGAUCCCAACGACAGACUUUGCCGCCUUUGUUGACGUUCGAGACGUUGCCAAGAUCCAUAUCGCCGCCUUUGAACACCCGGAGGCGGCUGGCCAUCGGUUUCUGGUCGGCAGCCACUUCGACUACCAGAGUGCCGCGGAUGCUGCUCGUGAGGAGCUCCUCGAGUUGAGGAGCCGCAUUCCAGAGGGGACGCCUGGCGGUGGAUGGGAGGAAGCGAAGUCGGUUUACAGCCUUGAUGCAAGCAAGGCGGAGAAGAUGUUGGGCAUCACGUAUACGCCGCUUAAUGUGUCAAUGAGAGACUCGUUUUUAGAGCUUCUUGAAGCUGAGAAGCUGACCAAGGGUAAGGUCACGGCUGCAUAG